AUGGCUUCUUCUUCUUCAGUGGCUGCUCCCAGUGAAAAAUGGAUUGAUCGUCUUCAGUUCUCCUCAUUGUUCUGGCCUCCCCCUCCAGAUGGUCAACAAAGAAAGGAUCAAAUUGCUGCGUAUGUUGAGUACUUCAUUCAGUUUACAUCAGAACAAUUUGCCGAUGAUAUUGCUGAGUUGAUCCGUAACCGUUAUCCAUCCAAAGAAAUUCUUCUCUUUGACGAUGUUUUGGCCACAUUUGUCCUUCAUCAUCCAGAGCACGGACAUGCAGUUGUGCUUCCAAUUAUUUCAUGUAUUAUUGAUGGUACACUAGUCUAUGAUAAGGCUAGUCCUCCAUUUGCUUCUUUCAUAUAUUCAGUCUGCCCAAAAAUUGAGAAUGAAUACUCAGAACAAUGGGCUCUGGCAUGUGGUGAAAUUUUGCGUAUUUUGACUCAUUACAAUCGCCCUAUUUACAAAACGGAAAGACAAAAUGGUGAAACAGAAAGAAGCAGUAGUGGCAGUCAUGCCACCACUAGUGAACCUAUUAAUGGGAAAUCUGUGCAUAAUUCUUUGACACAGCAGGAGAAGAAACCCAUAAGGCCAUUGUCUCCCUGGAUUACUGAUAUCUUGUUGGCUUCACCAGUAGGCAUUAGAAGUGACUAUUUCCGAUGGAAAAAUUGUUAUGGUAUCGAUGGUGGGAUCCGGCUUAGGUGCAGUGGUGUUAUGGGUAAAUAUGCUGCAGGAGAACUCAAACCUCCAUCAACUGCUUCUUCUCGUGGCUCUGGCAAGCAUCCUCAACUUGUGCCUUCAACUCCAAGAUGGGCUGUUGCCAAUGGUGCUGGUGUGAUAUUAAGUGUUUGUGAUGAUGAAGUUGCACGCAAUGAGACUGCUACUUUAACAGCAGCUGCUGUGCCUGCACUUUUGCUUCCUCCGCCAACUACUGCUCUGGAUGAGCAUCUUGUUGCUGGAUUACCAGCUCUGGAACCAUAUGCUCGUUUAUUUCAUAGAUAUUAUGCAAUCGCUACUCCAAGUGCUACACAAAGACUUCUUCUUGGACUCCUAGAAGCACCCCCAUCGUGGGCUCCAGAUGCUCUUGAUGCUGCUGUGCAGCUUGUGGAGCUUCUUCGAGCAGCUGAAGAUUAUGCAUCUGGGAUAAGGCUUCCUAGAAAUUGGAUGCAUUUGCAUUUCUUGCGUGCAAUAGGGACUGCAAUGUCCAUGAGAGCUGGUAUAGCUGCUGAUGCUGCAGCUGCUCUGCUUUUUCGUAUACUUUCACAGCCUGCACUACUUUUUCCUCCGCUUAGACAAGUUGAUGGAGUUGAAGUUCAACAUGAACCUUUGGGUGGUUAUAUUUCUUCCUAUAAAAAGCAGAUAGAAGUUCCUGCGGCUGAAGCUUCUAUUGAAGCUACUGCCCAAGGGAUUGCAUCAAUGCUUUGUGCCCAUGGUCCAGAGGUUGAAUGGAGAAUUUGCACAAUUUGGGAAGCUGCUUAUGGCCUGAUUCCUACAAGUUCCUCAGCUGUUGAUCUUCCAGAAAUUAUAGUUGCAACCCCACUGCAACCUCCCAUACUGUCAUGGAAUUUGUACAUACCCCUACUUAAGGUCCUGGAAUAUCUUCCUCGUGGAAGCCCAUCAGAGGCAUGUCUUAUGAAAAUAUUUGCUGCUUCAGUGGAAGCUAUUCUUCAAAGGACAUUUCCACCUGAGUCCACUAGAGAACAAAUCAGAAAAUCAAAAUACCUGUCUAUCAUCGGCUCUGCCUCUAAAAACCUUGCUGUGGCAGAACUUCGAACUAUGGUUCACUCACUCUUCUUAGAAUCAUGUGCAUCUGUAGAGCUUGCUUCACGCCUACUUUUUGUGGUCUUAACUGUCUGCGUUAGUCAUGAAGCUCAAUUCAGUGGAAGCAAGAGGCCAAGAGGUGAAGAUAAUUAUCCAGCUGAGGAAAUCAUGGAGGAUUUACAAACAUCUGAAAACCAGAAAGAAUCAAAAAAUAGGAAAACGAAGAAGCAAGGUCCUGUAGCAGCAUUUGAUUCCUAUGUUCUGGCUGCUGUUUGUGCUCUUGCCUGUGAGCUUCAGUUGUUCCCUUUGAUUUCACGGGGGAAUAAUCAAUUAGCUUCCAAUAAUGUGCAAGAUAUAGCCAAGCCUGUUAGACUAAAUGGAUCCUCCCAUGUUAGACAAAAUGGAUCUUCCCAUGUUAGACAAAAUGGAUCUUCCCAUGAGUUGCGAAAUGGCUUAGAUUCUGCAGUACGUCAUACUCACAGAAUUUUAGCAAUUUUAGAGGCACUAUUCUCAUUGAAGCCAUCUUCUGUUGGCACUCCUUGGAGUUACAGCUCAAAUGAGAUUGUCGCAGCAGCUAUGGUUGCUGCACAUGUUUCUGAACUAUUUAGGAGGUCAAAGGCUUGCAUGCAUGCUUUGUCUGUUUUAAUUCGAUGUAAGUGGGACAACGAAAUUCACUCCCGGGCAUCCUCAUUGUAUAAUCUCAUAGACAUUCACAGCAAAGCUGUUGCAUCUAUAGUGAACAAGGCAGAGCCUUUAGAAGCAACCUUAAUUCAUACACCUAUUUGGAGGGACUCCCUUGUUUGUUGUGGUAGUAAAAGGCAGAAUCAGUGUGACAGUAGUAACAGCUUUGACCCUGGGCAGACAUCUAUUGUACGUUCAGCAGAUUCGUUCCCAUCAAAACCUAAUGAUACUUCUGAUAAAAACCUUUGUUCAAAUGAAGCAUCAGGGUGUACCUUGGGUAAAGGUGUCACUGGUUUCCCAUUGGAUGCUUCUGAUCUAGCGAACUUCCUCACAAUGGACAGGCAUAUAGGAUUGAAUUGCAAUGCACAAAUUUUUCUGAGAUCUAUGCUGGCAGAGAAACAAGAGUUAUGUUUCUCUGUAGUUUCACUUCUAUGGCACAAGCUAAUAGCAUCUCCUGAGACUCAACCUUGUGCAGAAAGCACUUCUGCCCAACAGGGAUGGAGACAGGUUGUUGAUGCCUUAUGCAAUGUUGUCACAGCCUCACCAACAAAAGCUGCUACCGCAGUUGUUCUUCAGGCGGAGAGGGAAUUGCAGCCCUGGAUUGCUAAGGACGAUGAUUUGGGCCAGAAGAUGUGGAGAAUCAAUCAGAGGAUUGUAAAAUUGAUUGUGGAACUUAUGAGGAAUCAUGAGAGUGCAGAAUCAUUGGUAAUUGUGGCAAGUUCAUCAGAUUUACUACUGCGAGCCACAGAUGGUAUGCUGGUUGAUGGAGAAGCUUGCACUUUACCACAGCUGGAGCAGCUAUCAGUGGCACUACGAAGGGAGGAUUUGUUAUUGGAAGCAACAGCUAGAGCGGUUGAGCCAGUGCUCAAGUUUGGAGAAUCUGGAUUGGCUGUGGCAGAUGGCCUUUCAAACCUUUUAAAGUGUCGUCUCUCAGCUACAAUCAGAUGUCUUUCUCAUCCGAGUGCACAUGUCCGGGCUCUGAGUAUAUCAGUUCUUCGCGACAUUUUGCAUACUGGUUCAAUCAGAUGUAGUCCUAAACCUCGGAGAAUAAAUGGCACCAACAACCCCUCUUAUCAAUACUUCAAUUUGGAUGCCAUUGACUGGCAAGCUGACAUAGAAAAAUGCUUGACUUGGGAAGCUCACAGCCGACUUUCAACCGGCUUGUCUAUUAACUUUCUUGAUACCGCUGCCAAAGAGUUAGGCUGUACUAUUUCCAUGUGA